GGCCAGUGACGUGGAGAACGGCAGGAGAUAAGAUCUAUCUCGGCUAACUGAUCUCAAUAUCUCCCCGUGGGACUUCCCCGGCUGCUGGGAGUUAUCUGCUUCAUCGAACAGCUCUGUUGGCUGUCGCUUCUGUCCGGUGGAAGGGCCGUCUUUCAAUGGUUGAACCAAACACGUCCCGAUCGACCGAUAGGUCAGUGUCCGACGUUGAACAGCCGCCCCCGGAUGCAGACUCGACUUCGCCUGCGGACAAUGAAUCGCGAGCGUCUGCCGUGAUUUCUUUGGCAGGAUCACGCCCCGACGAUCUUCUUGCAUCGAACAAUGCCGUCCAUCUGGCGGGAAUGCACCGGGUACAAGACAAUGGACGAGACUGGGCGACGGGGCAGCUGCUGCCUUCGCUGCAUAUCCGUACGGAUUUCCAAGGUGUACGCCCAAUAACCCCGGUGAGAGAAGUCGACACAUCUCUAGAUUCCUGCCUGUCGGCUACGAGUUUACUGCAUCGGACGCCUAGUAUGCGAGCGGUGCGCGGCGGGGCUAUCUCUAGUGCAGACUCCCUGUCUCCAGCCUCUGUGCUCUCGUCGCCGCUGUUGGCAGCUAUAGGCGAUAUUACGCCGUUGCCAUCACCGGUAGGCUAUUUGAAUUCACCCUGGAAGACCAGAGGAGCGUCUCAUUCCCUCUCGCGGACGUCCUCAGGCGCGUCGAGGCCAGGAUCCAGCCUGAGUCUGCGAAUGAGCGACUCGACGCAGUUGCUGAGACCGUCGUCCUCCAGGUCAUCGCGAGCUAAGCUGUACCCGAGUCUCACUGAGGAGGAACCUUCGAUACCGCCGCGAACUGAGGCUGAGUCUCCAACAAAGCACACGCGGAAUCGCAGUCUGAGUGAGUAUGUGCCUCCGGGCAGAGUUCCUCAUGUCCAGCCUCGUCCGAUUGCGGUGUCAGGUACCGGACCAGGAUCAUCUGUCUCCAGGAUCCAUCUUCCCACGCAGCAGAACAACCUCCACCGCGAACAAUACCUAGGUGCCCAGCGUGGAAUUGCUAUCCCGUCCGCACGACCGCCGACUCCCCCGAGAAGCACACGCGAUGGCUUCGACAGUGAUAAUGAGCCUGCUGGUCAAGCCUCAGCUACGGAACAGUCGGGCGAGAUAUAUUCAGUCCGAUCGGUCAGAAGUCAACAGCGUCGCAAGUAUCGAAAGCUACGGGUCUUGGGACAGGGAACGUUCAGCCAGGUCAGUCUCGCAGCCCGUGUGGAAUCGGAUGAGAUGAUGGUCCCAGACGAUGCUGGACGGCCCACCCAGAAGUUGGUUGCAGUGAAAGUGAUCGAAUAUGGUCCUGCUGGCGGGGCCGACGAGGAACGGGUAGAGGUGUCGCUGAAGCGUGAAGUCGACAUUUUAAAGUCGGUCAAUCACCCUUCGUUGGUUCAACUCAAAGCCCUUGGCUACGACCAGAAGCGCGCUUUACUAGUGCUUGACUACUGUCCUGGGGGAGAUCUGUUUGAGUUCGCGACAUCCGGUCCAAAACAGUUAGGCCCUGCACUUAUCAGAAGAGUGUUCGCUGAACUGAUAGGAGCGGUGCGUUAUCUGCACAGCAAUUACAUUGUCCACAGGGACAUCAAACUGGAGAAUGUUCUUGUCAACCUGCCUGCAGCGGCUAUGCAAGAGAUCUCAGACUGGCGCACAUAUAACCGUGCCGUGGUUACCCUGAGUGAUCUUGGUCUGUCUAGACGCAUUCCCGAGCCUCCUGAGAGCCCGCUUCUGCAUACGCGCUGCGGCAGUGAGGACUACGCGGCUCCGGAGAUCUUGAUGGGGCAACCGUACGAUGGACGUUCGACAGAUGCAUGGGCGCUGGGCGUCCUGCUCUACGCACUAAUGGAGAGUCGACUGCCUUUCGAUGCCUUGCCCGGGACCCGCGGUGAUCCCGCCAAACUCCGGGCCCGUACUCCUCACCGAAUUGCUCGUUGUGAAUGGGCUUGGUACCGGUACGCGGACGCUGAUGGUGAGUGGGAUCCCAACAAGGGCAAGGACCUGGAAGGUGCUCGAGAAUGCGUGGAGGCUCUAUUGAAACGCAACACGAGACGAAAGGGCCUAGAUGACAUCGCGAAAAUGGAAUGGGUCCAGGAUGCAAUUGAUGUUCCGGGAGGGCUCAAGAGAGGUGACAAGGAGGUCCCGUAGAGCUGGUCUCCGGAAAGACCCGGGUUGUCCCCCGGUAAUACUGGAGUUUGGGCUGUGCUACGUCUUCUCAUGCUUUUUUCAUAUGUGGAUGAUAUCCUUACGAUCUACGCAUGGUACGAGUUCCGCGUUUACGAUGCUGCACGUGUUUCUGCUGUUUCACUUUGGUUAGAAGAGGCUGUUAUGAGCCUGGACACCUGUGACUUCGUCCUCGUUGACUCUACGAGAGUAAACGUGGAGUUUUUGGAUUCUUACUGCUCGUCUUCACUUCCAGAGACGUCCUCCAAGAGAGAGAGACAAUCUGUUAUAUUUGAGAGGCCCUGUUCUAAGGCUACUGAUUGCCCGAGGGUUUUCAUGGAUGUGUAUCCCGUGGUUUGAUAUACUAUAUUAUUUAUAUUAUACGAACUGUAUCUCAACAAGCACUAUACUUGUUGAAUGAUAUAUCUUAAAGAAAGAUGCAUGGAUUUAC